GGUGUCAGCGGGCUAAAGGAUGUUAAGGUGGAAAUACCCGAGGCGGUCGCAGUCGGGUCUCAAGUGACGCUCACAUGCCGGUACGACCUCCAGACCGACGUUCUCUACGCGGUCAAAUGGUACAAGGGCAAGGACGAAUUUUACAGGUUUGUGCCCAAGGAACUGCCCCCACUUCUCGUAUUUGGGAACUUAUUUGCUCACAAUAUUGAUAGGACCACAAGUGAUGCUCACCAUGUAACGAUAACGAACGUAACAAACGAAAUGGAGGGAAAAUAUCGCUGUGAAGUAACGAACGACAUACCGGACUUUCAUACACUGCGAAAAGUUGGAUACAUGCACGUAGUCAGUCUACCUCAAGGUAGUCCCGAGGUGCUCGUUGAGAAGCAGAGAUACGCGAUUGGGGAGACAGUCAAAGCCAACUGUACCACUCCACCCAGUAAUCCAGCCACUAAUGUCACUUGGACUGUCAACGGAAUUCCGGUGCCUGAGAAUUUAUAA